AUGAGACGGUGGAAAAUCGGUAUCAGGCCCCAGCUCAUCAUCCUCGUGUGCUUUUCGUCCCUCUUCUCGUUGUUGAUCCUCGCCCUAGUCACCACCGUCUACUUCUCCAACAGUCUCAGCAACCUGCGUGCAGAGCGGCUAGAGGUCAUCGCCGAGCUCAAGGCCACCCAGGUCAAGCAGGCGCUCCAGUACACCUACUACCAGAUCUACUGGCUCACCAACAGAGACUCCAUCAACUCGGCCCUCUCGUCAUACCGAGCCGGAAACUACUCCCAGGCGGUGUUUGCCGAAGCCCAGACCACGCUCGACCAGCUCCUCACGUCUUCUGAGCUCUUUGCGGGCGCCAGGCUCUACAACCUCGACUUGGAUGUGGUGGCAAACAGCUACAAUAACCUCACGGCUAUCACCCAGCCCACCAUGGAUGCGUUGUAUCCGUUUGCAAAGAACGCAUCAGUGCCUGUUCAGCUCCAGUCGGUGACGCCCUCGUCGCCAGCGUACUAUACAGGCCCCUUGAGCAACAACUCAGACGUAUAUUCCACCUACUUCAUGGGCAUUACCCUCCCGGUGUUUGCCAACACAUCCAUCAUCUUCCCAGAACCAACCCUAGCUGGCUACCUCACCGUGAUAGCGAGUGCCGACAACCUCCGAUCCGCUAUCAACGACACCACCAGCCUCAACACCAACUCCACCAAAGGCGACUCCGACGACUACAAGGUGAUCGCAGUCCGUCCCACUUACAGCAGCGCCACAUACAGUAGCAGCUCGUCAAAGGCAGGAAACAUCACCCUGAUUGACGGAUUCGAUCCCGUUUUUCCCGUGGAUCUGCAGUCAUUCUACUCCAUACACUAUCCCAUCACCGCGUCCUCCGCAGUGAAGGAGGCCUUUUCCAAGGCCUUCGGUUCUGCAACGAACGUGCGCAAUAUCGAGCAUAAAAAGGUGGCUAUCGGCUACAACCAGAUUGAACUUAAUCCCACCAAUACUUGGGCCAUCAUAAUAGAGCAAAGUCACUCCAAAUUCUACGCGCCAGUCCACAGGUUGAUCAAUAUUAUUGUCGGCGUGGUGAUUGGUACAGGUGUAUUUAUGUGUCUAGUGACGUUCCCGUUGGCAGUGUUCUUCAUCCGGCCUAUCACCAAAUUGAAAGCUGCCACCGAAUCGAUCGCAAAAUCAAAGAAGAGAUACUUGCAAAAUAAUCAUUCAAGCUCGUCUGCUGUGUCUCAUGGAAGUUCACCAUCCAUAUUAGAAUCUUCAGGUGGCUAUGAAAUUUUCACGAAACGUGCAAGAGGUGGAAAAGACGAAAAUUCCGGCUUGAACAAAAGAAACAGUGUAAACUCGGUGUACACUGGCACCACGGUCUCAGCACACUCUACUGCCAUCAGAUUGCCAGGCAAGAUUCCUAACUCGAAAAAACUCUUCAAAGAUGAGUUGACCGAAUUAACAGAAGCAUUUAAUAUCAUGACUGACGAAUUGGAUAAACAAUAUGCACAUUUGGAAGACAGAGUGAAACUGAGAACAAAAGAGCUUGAAGCCUCGAAGAUCGAGGCCGAAGCAGCAAAUGAGGCUAAAACGGUUUUCAUUGCAAACAUUUCUCACGAAUUAAGAACACCUUUGAAUGGUAUAUUGGGUAUGACUGCUAUUGCCAUGGAUGAAUCUGAUCAUACCAGAAUCCACGACUCUUUGGAAUUAAUUCACAGAUCGGGAGAGUUACUUUUGCAUAUCUUGACGGAGUUGUUAACUUAUUCCAAGAACACCUUAAAUAGAUCCAAGUUGGAAAAAUCCAACUUUCAAAUCUUGGAGGUGGUGGAUCAAGUUAAAUCCAUUUUUACCAAAUUGGCCUUAGAUCAAAGAGUCAACUUUAAGAUUUUGAUCAAACCCAAUGUCAUCAGAAAAUUAGUCCUCCACGGAGAUUCUAAUAGAAUCAUUCAAAUUGUUAUGAACCUUGUAUCCAAUUCAUUGAAAUUCACACCUGUCGAUGGAUCAGUCGGAGUUACAUUUAAAUUGUUGGGAGAGUACGAUUAUCAGAAGUCUGCUGGGGAAAACUUUGCAAAGGUAAACAUUUUGCCCAAGUAUAACAAAAAAGAAUCGCCCUCCUCUUCAAAUGGAGACAGCACUUUAUUAAACAAAUCGAACAUCUCAGAGAUAAAGCCCAUUUCCAAAAAAAAGGUAGAUACAGACUUAGAUAAUGACAACAUAAGUGUGGUGACACUUUCAACAGCGGAGUACGAAAAUAACAUAUUCGAGUCACAGUUUAAUCAUAUGAAACCGUUACCCAAGACUCCAUCUGGAGCCAGCUCGGUGCAUUCCAUUGGAAGCAUCAGAAAACAUGACACUUCUUCAAUACUUUCAAGAAAGUCGGUUGAAGUGGCUAAAAACUCUGACUCCAGUACCUCAUCAGUGCUUAAUGAAAAAAUCACCGAUUCAUCAUCUGACGGAAAAGAAAAUGGUCUACUCCCUCCACACUCUGAAGUGGCUGAACUCCAUAAUUCAAGCGUGGCCAAUACUACUGUCGGUACCUUCUAUGACAACGCAAAGAGAAACAGUGUUGUCUCGAAUCUUGGUACCAAUGAAAUGGUCAAAAAUAGCAAGACUUACAGAAUUAGAAACAUGUACAAGCCUAAGACCUGGGCAAUUCAAAUUGAAGUCACUGACACAGGUCCGGGUAUAGAACCAGCCUUACAAGAAAAGGUAUUUGAACCAUUCAUCCAGGGCGAUCAAACGUUGUCUAGAAGUUAUGGUGGUACUGGUCUUGGUCUUUCGAUCUGCAGACAGUUAGCCACUAUGAUGAAAGGAACGUUGACAUUGAAAUCAUCUGUGGGGCAGGGAUCCACAUUUACUUUCACUGUACCGUUGCCACAAACGGGAGAGAUUGUGGUUCUGGAUGAAGAUAUGGACGAAUUCUGUAACGACGAAUAUAAUCCUAAUGCCAGGAUGAACAGAAAGGUUGUGUUUGAAAACACGGAGAUAUCUGAAAACGAGACUCCUGAGGACAAGAUGGACUCCAGCUUCGAAACGCCGGAAGUCAAGAUUAUAGAAAGCGGAGACGAAUCACCCAAAUCCAAUAUCAGAAGUAGAGACAUCAAAUCUGGCGAUGACCUGAUUUCAGAGCACUCUCAUACCAGCGAAGAAAAGCGCAAACAUAAUUUUAAGAUAGAGAUCCCAUCUAGAACAACAUUGCUCGAAAAGCCUCAAUUAAUUGCCAGGUCAUCUACGGGAACUGCGAAUUCUAACAACGGCAGUGAACGCAACGACUCACUGCAUAAUCUACUCGACGACUUGUCGGAUCUUCACAUUUUGGUCGCAGAAGAUAACUUAGUGAAUCAAGAGGUCAUCAAGAGAAUGUUGCAUUUAGAAGGAUUCCACAACGUCACCAUGGCCUGCAACGGUGCAGAAGCGGUGGAGUUGGUCAAGGAAUCAAUAGGCAACUUGCAUCCCUACGACGUGAUCUUGAUGGAUGUUCAAAUGCCCAAAAUCGACGGGUUGCUCGCCACGAAGAUGAUCCGGAACAACCUCAACUACGACCGGCCCAUCAUCGCGCUCACCGCCUUUGCUGACGAGAGUAAUGUCAAGGAAUGCUUGAACAGUGGCAUGAGUGGCUUCUUGGCCAAGCCAAUCAGGCGAGCCAACUUGCGCAAGACCAUCGUCAAGUUCAGCCCUGUGCUUUUGAGCGAGGUGGUGACUACGCCACAGACAUUCAACGGAGACGAAAAGAGGCUCCAGUAA